GGGAAAGCUUGAGGGUCACUAGCGCCGGAAGUCUUCAUGAAGUCCGCACGCGAGUGAGACCUUGAUGGCCCACCAACAGCUCUUUGUGUCCAUCCCUUAACAACAGUCGACUACAGCCAUGGAACUGCCAGAUCUCGUAGACCGUAGAGCGAAUUUUCUUCGGGAGGCCGCGCACUUGCUUGCGGUUUCAUCACCCACGACCUCGGCAUUCCUGGGUGCAGCGCAAGACAGGCUCAUUGCAGAUGCAGAAGUAGGCCUGCAGCCGAAAGAAGUCGAUGCACUUCGAAGAGCUUUUUGCGGUGCCUGUGGUCACCCGAUGAUCCCAGGAUGGUCUUGUAAGGUUGCGCACCAGACUGCAACUAUGAGGGUGCGAAAACAGAAGCCUUCAAAAGACUCCAUCCGGCCAGUUAAACGGAUUGUAUACACGUGCCUGAGAUGCGAGCGACAGACAGUACAGUCUUUGCAGACCCGACCUUCAAAACAUGUCAGGAAAUCGACAGCUCAGAAAGCCUCGCAGCCGUUGCCGGAGCCUAAACAGCCGGUUCCCGAAGUGAGCAAAGCAGUCAAAUCAGUCAACGCAAGCAGCAAGGAAAGAAAGAAGGCUCGCAAGGGGGGUCUUGCGGCGAUGCUCGAGAAGAGCAAAACCCAGGGUUCUAAUCAGGGCGGAUUCGAUUUGAUGGAUUUUGGCAUGUAAGCUAUCCAUAGGGCUGAAGAAGGUUCCAGGUACCCCGCCACUGCCGGCCAGAAUUUCUGAGAAGAAUUUCGUCACUACCGCCCCGCGCCGACUGCAACUUUAACAACAUUUACCAACACAACCUCCCUUUUUGUACAUACCCCACGCACUUCAAUAUGGCCGAACAAAAGAGUCUCGCGAAGGAUCUUUUCGAGGAUAU